AUGUAUCGCUCUUCGACUGGCAACCUGGCCAGCUACGAGGACGAGGCACCUCGCGGAGGUCAGCGCUGGGACCGCGACAGGUUCGAGCGCAUGCGAGGCGGUAGGGGUCCUCCUAGCCGCGACGACGAACAUGACCAUUUCCGCUUCCAAGAACACGACCGCUUCCCGGGAGGCCGUCGCGACAUCGAUAUUCACGAAGACUAUGACCGCCGCGGUCCGCCCAGCAGGCAGCCUACCCGCGUUCAAGAACGAGAUCGUGUUUUCGAGGAGGACCGAUUUGAACGCCGCGCUCCUCCCCGCCGCAACGAUUUGUUCGAGGAGCGAACACCUUCCGAGGUAGCCAACCAAGCACUCGCACCUUAUCGCAGGAAAUCUGUCAUUGACGAGGACAUCAACAUGGAACUGCGAAGCCAGGUUUCGAGGCCAAGAAAACCAGCUCGACCUCAGUACAUCCGCCGCCAGUCAUCGCUCGACACAUUCGAUCGCCGACCUCUGCCUCGUUAUGGAGACAUUGAAAGGGACGAGUACCGACCGCCUGCCAAUGUGCCCAUUCCGUUACCCGUCCGUGAGCGCCGCAGAUCGCCAGAACGCCGACGGUUCAGAGAGUCUGACGAAGACCUUGCCUAUGGCGACUUCGGUGGUAGCAGGGGCAGGGAGCGCGAAGAGUACCGUGAAGUUGAGGUCUCAAGAAACAAGAGCAGAGUACGAAAAAGCAAGAGUGUCGCAGGUUCGAGGCGCAGCUCCUCUUCCGAUAGUGUAUCCGAGGUCCAGCUGCCGCGGGCGAACUAUGGCAAGAAGGGCAAGACCAGGCUACCGAAACGCCUCGUAAAGAAGCAGGCGAUCAUCGAGCUUGGCUAUCCUUUCGAAGAAGAGGAUGAUUUCAUCAUUAUCACUCGUGCUCUCGAGAAGGAGCACAUCGACGAGUGCAUCAAGAUCAGUGAGAACUACAAAGAGGUUGAGAAGACGACAUAUGUCUACGAAGAGAGAGUCGAAACGUCAGCGCCGCCGCCGCCGCCUCCGCCAGAGUUCGUAGCAGCUCCUCCUCCCCCUCCAUCGGUCUAUGCUGCACCUCCACCGCCGCCAUCUGUCUACGCAGCGCCGCCUCCACCACCACAAGUCUACCAUGUGCCACCGCCGGCUCCAGCAUCAGUAUACGCAAUGCCUCCGCCUCAACGCGCACCAACAGUGUAUGAGCCAUCAGUCCGCAGCGUAUCUCCUUCCAGGCAUGAGCAUGAGAGGUAUGUCGAGAUCGAGCGCUCAGCUGCCAUACAUGGGCCAGCGACAGCGUUCCUGCCAGAAGGUCGCCAGCUUGUACACCAAUCGAGAGAUACUCGAACGGAGCGCGACAUUCGAGAGGAGAUCCGCUCGCUGGAAGAGGAGCGUCAGUUGCUCAAGUACGAGCGCGGAGAGGACUACGAAGUCUAUGAGCGACGAGAACCUCGUCGGGAGGUUGUUCGUGUUGACAGGGACAGAAAGGGUAGGUUAGCCCUUGUCCGCUCGGCCCACUAGAAACGACAAAUUGAUAUCCUGGAUAGGACGACGCGACAGGCCGAACCCGAAGCUCGUUGCGGCUAUGAUGUCAACUCUGACUUAA